UCAGUCGUCUUACCCUGCAUCUUGUCGUCUCAGGCGUCGUCUUACCCCGCGUCUUGUCGUCUUAGCCUGCGUCUUGUCGACGUCUUACCCCGCAUCUUGUCGUCUUGGUCGUCUUACCCCGCGUCUUGUCGCCUUCUUACCCCGCGUCUUGUCGCUCUCUCUCCCCCAGCGCGAGGCGCUGCAGCUGCGGGUGACGGCUCAGAGGACUUGGCCCGGCAGCUCGUCACAGGCUACACGGGGAACCUUUGCCUUUGAGUCGUCCUGAUUGAUGGCUUCAUGCUGUGAUCUCCCCCCAAUCAACGAAGGAAAAUUAAGACAAUCCAAGCUUUGGGAUUGUGGUCUGACUUUAUGAUAAUGAUGAUGAUGAUGGAACGUGAAGAUGCAGAUGCUGGUGGGAUCAUUUGAACAAAAAACAAAUCUCGGACAAUCACACUUCAAGCGUCCGUACAGCGGAAAUUCUUCAUUUGUAUGCUGGAGAGUUCAUCGGCAACAUUUACAGGGGGGGGGGGGGGUGGGGGCGGUCCCCGAUAUUCGUCAUCUCGAUGUGCGUCGUUUCGCUGCGGGCCUUUUGAGGAACCCAACGUGAAAUUUCCCCAACGUGAAAUGUCCACCGCACGCGCGUCGCUUACGCCAUUUCCCGCUCGGUUUAGCCGAGUCGGCAACACGUACCCUAACAACUCGUAAGAACGCACUGGCAACGCGUUGAAGCGCGCUGCAAGACAGCUCGUAUUUCGCGCGCGAGCCGCCAUCUUCUCGGCCCCAUCGUGGUCUCCCCUCGCUCACGUUGUGCGUGAGCUACGAGGCGCCCCUCGUAGAUCGGCGCGCGGACUUUCAUCGCGAAACGCCGUCCCCGGCCCAUGCGACGAUGAGCGGCAAGCGUGGCGCCGGCGCCGGCGACGGCGCGGGUGGCGAGCGUCGGAAAAAGCGCAGUAGCAUCGCGCUUGACGUUAAAAUGGAGGUGAUAAAGCGGAGCAGGGAGGGCGAACGCGCGGUCGACAUCGGGCGCCGUUUGAAUCUUCCCCCAACGAGCGUGCGCACGAUAGUGAAGAAUGCCGACGAAAUCGAGAGCAAAGCCAGGCACGUGCUCAAGCACUCGGAGGUGAAAAUUACACGGCAGAGGAGCGUCCUCAUGGAGCAAAUGGAGCAGUUGCUGGCGUUGUGGAUCGAGGAUCUGCACAGCAAGCACGUGCCGAUCAGCUUGUCCCUCGUUCAGGAGAAGGCCCUGAGCCUGUACGAGGACUUGAAAAGGGAGUUGGGAGAGGCAGAAGCGGCGAAAGAGAAGCCAUUCAAGGCCGCCCGUGGAUGGUUUUACAGAUUUCAGGCACGGUAUAGUUUCAAGGACGUUAAUAUACAGGGAGAGUCGGCCAGCGUCGACGCAGAUGCUGCCGAGACGUUUCCAGAAAGACUUGAAAUCGUUGAAGGAGGUGGGUAUGAUCCUAGACAGGUUCUUAAUCCUCUCCCAACGCCUUCUCCAAUCAAGCGCAACUCAUCCACCCCUCGAGGAGCAGUCACGAAGCAAGAAGAUGAAGGGAGUCUGGGCACCGAGAGGCUGAGGAUUGUGGUGAAAACUGAAGUGGAGCAAGACGCUCCAGAUCCGAAUCGUUUUAAAGUGGAAGAAUCCAGUGGGUGGCCAGAGGAGACCGGGAAUUCCCUCGAAUGUUUGGUCACUGCAGACCAGAACUUCAUUGAGGUGGAGUUGUCAGAAGAGGACUUUGGUGGAGUUGGUGCCGCUGCUGGAGAGUUAGAGAGAAGCUGCCCAGCCUCCUCGCUUAAAAGCUCCCCUUGUACGAACUACGUGAAAAGGAGUGGUAAACGACCGGCAAGUGACAUUGCUGCCUCGUCGUCGAAGAAACCGAGGAACACCAUCAGUUUCGAGGUGAAAUUGGACGUGCUGAACCGGUUUGAUGCUGGAGAGCGCGCCGUGGACAUCAGCUCUGAGCUUGGCCUGCCACCCACGAGCGUGAGGACAAUCCGUGCCAACGCUCACAAGAUAAGGGAGUACGCUCGAAGCGUGACCACGUUAAACGCUGCCAGGAUAAUCAGGGGCAGGGACAAGGUGAAGGAUAACAUGGAGAGGUUGUUAAGCCUUUGGAUCGAGGAUCAAGGACAGAGGAACGUGCCCAUGAGUUUGAUGAUGAUACAGGAGAAGGCCAAGUCACUAUUUCGGGAAUUAAAGAAGGAGCACGGUGAGAUUUCAACCAUGCCAAACUUUUCCGCGAGCCGUGGUUGGUUUGAUCGGUUUAAGCGUCGUUGCAACCUGCAUAACCUCAAAAUGACCAGUGAGGCCACUGUUGUCGACUUGGGGGCGGCAAAGCGAUACCUGGAACAGUUUAAAUUAAUCGUAGAAGAAGGUGGCUACUCUCCCCAGCAGAUUUUCAACGUCGACAAGACCGACUUGCAUUGGAAGCGAAUGCCUUCCCGCGCGCGCAUCUCCGAAGGGGAAAAGGCGGCAGCGGGCUUCGAAGCCGCUAAAGACCGGCUGACCCUCCUGCUCGGCGGCAACGCUUCGGGGGACGUGAAGCUCAAGCCCCUGCUGGUGUACCAUUCGGAGCAUCCGAGGGCCCUGGCUGGCUACUGCAAGAACAGCCUCCCCGUCAUUUGGCGGGCAAACAAAGAGGCCCGGGUGACGACGGCCGUGUUCCAGGAUUGGUUCACGUCGUGCUUUUGCCCUUUCGUGAGGGAUCACUGUGCCAGAAACAAGCUGGAGAACAAAGCGUUGCUCGUCUUGGACUCUGCGCCCGAGCACCCCGCGAACCUGGACGACCUGGCCGAAAACGUGCGGGUUGUCUUCCUGCCGCCGAACGCGACGUCGCCGCUGCAGCCCGUGGGCCGGGUCGUGACCGCCACGCUCAAGGCGUACUACUUGCGUCGGCUCGUGGGCCAGCUGGCCGCUGAGACGGACGGUGAGGGGAAGCCAACGUUCGGGGAGUUCUGGCGCGGCUACGACAUCAGGAAGGCCGUCGAUAACGUCGGGGCGGCGUGGCGCGAGGUGACGCCGGCGCACAUGAACGGCGCGUGGAGGCAAAUCUGGCCCGAGUGUGUCGACGGGUCGACGGGUUUUGCGAAGACGGUGCCGGAAAUUCGACGGGAAAUCGUCGGGCUAGCCAGGCGAGCCGGGUUUGACGGAGUCGACGAGGGCGACGUUCGGGAGUUGCUCGAGUGGCGCGGCGAGGACCCGUCUCGCGAAGACCUGCUUCAGUUGAAACGACGACGACGACGAGCGGAGGAGGAAGAGGACGAAAGCCUCCGUGCUGCAACGCCGCCCCCUAAGCAGCUGACGGCAAAAAGGCUCUCGGAGGCGUUCGGCCUUUUCGAGGCGGGAAUGGACAUCCUGACGGAGGAUGACCCCAACAUGGAGCGAAGCUGCGCACUUAAGUGGGGCUUUGAAAGUCUCGUUCGCUGCUACAAGGAGCUGUACCAGCAGAAGAAGAAGAAGGAGGAGGAGGCGGCGGCGGCCGUCCAGAUGUCCCUGCAAUCGUUUUUCGGAGAAGGGCGCUCCGGAAAAGACUCCUGAUAGCGGCGCAGAAACAACACCAGGAAAGUUCCCAGAGAGGAGCCCCUGCAACGGGCCCUAGAAGGAGGGAGCCCGAGGGAAGAGCCAAGAAGAAUCUGAAUCAGAAUAUUUAUUUAUACUGGAGGAAUCCGAUGAGCUAUGAAGCUCUUUUUUUUUGCACAGACGUCUUAAGAGGACCCAGGGAUUUUGUUCGCCCUCGGAUGAAAAGGUGGACAGAUCCUGCAUUUUUCUCCCGAGAACCUCCUUAAAAUCCUCCCCUUCACCCCACACCAGGCCACAAGAUGCAAUCUCCAUCGCCGUCUCUGAAGUCGGAGCUGAUUCUACAUAUUGAAAAAAUAUAAUUCGCUUGAGCAAGAUCGGGAAAAUAAUGCAAACCUUUUUUUUAUUUCUUACCGGUGCCAUUUCUGGCGAUUGUCGUUACAUUUCUUUUCCUGCAUCGGUUUGACGGAACCAUGAACUUGUUAUUGUACAAAUAAAGCGGCAGAAGAAGCGAAAGAAAUGGAGCUCCCUUGAAAACAAAGAGGGACGAAGCGGAACGCACCACCGGCAAGGUCCCCCUGAACAAGCCUGCAAGCGAUGCGGGAAGGCGCUUAGGCCUUUACCGCGUUGUGCACGACAGUCGCUGAAGAUGGAGAGGCCGCGAGAGGAGUGUCGGACGGGGUUUGCAACGCGUUCUUCACAUUCUGUGUCGCAUGGGUGGCGAGAGGCCGCGCGUGCGUUCGAGGGCUUUUGGGCGACAGUCCACAUUGGAGUUUACACACUGGAUCGCACGCUGGCAAGAGAAGCCCCGUGCGUGCAAGGCAUGCGGAAAAGGAGCCGUGCGUUACAUAAUGGUUCGGAGGCGCACGUUGGGACACACGCGUUGGCGAGAGAAGCCGCCGCUUGUGCCCGAAGGGUUUUUAUCAACGUUAUGCAGUAGAGUCGAUUAUCCGCGC